AUGGCGGAACCACCCAUUGUGCUCGAUGGAGGCACAGGUUUCGUAAAGGUUGGCUAUGCCGCUCAGAACUUCCCCGAGCACUCAUAUCCCUCUAUAGUAGGGCGACCUAUACUGCGAUCGGAGGAAAAAGCAGGAGACAUCAUAGUGAAGGACAUUAUGUGCGGUGAUGAAGCUGCGGCUGCCAGAUCUGCCCUACAGAUCACAUAUCCUAUGGAAAAUGGUAUCAUAAAGAGAUGGGACGAUAUGCAACAUCUUUGGAACUUUACUUUCUUCGACAAGCUCAAAAUUGACCCUUCGGGACGAAAGAUUUUGCUCACCGAACCGCCGUUAAAUCCUCUGAAAAAUCGUGAGCGAAUGUGCGAGAUCAUGUUUGAGGAUUAUAACUUUGGUGGUGUCUACGUCGCUAUUCAGGCAGUCCUUGCGCUGUAUGCCCAGGGCUUGUCUUCUGGCGUGGUCGUCGAUUCUGGAGAUGGUGUCACCCACAUUGUUCCUGUAUAUGAGUCUACGGUGCUCGAACACCUUACGAAGCGUUUGGAUGUUGCUGGCAGGGACGUCACAAGGAAUUUGAUCGCUCUAUUAUUACGGCGUGGAUAUGCGCUGAACAGAACUGCCGAUUUCGAGACGGUACGGCAGAUGAAAGAAAAGCUGUGCUACGUCUCCUAUGAUCUAGCUCUCGACCAGAAGCUUGCUGAAGAUACCACUGUCCUCGUCGAAUCAUACACUCUCCCUGAUGGUCGAGUAAUCAAGGUCGGAAGCGAAAGGUUCGAAGCGCCAGAAUGCCUAUUUCAGCCACACCUAGUCGAUAAUGAAAAUCCAGGUAUUGCCGAGUUCCUCUUCAACACGAUACAAUCCGCCGAUGUCGACGUAAGAUCCUCACUAUACAAAGCCAUUGUUCUUUCUGGUGGAAGUAGCAUGUACCCUGGCCUGCCUUCGAGACUUGAGAAGGAACUCAAGCAGUUAUGGCUUACUAAAAUCCUAGGUGGCAAUCCAGAAAGACUGAGUAAAUUCAAAGUAAGGAUAGAAGAUCCUCCAAGGCGACGACACAUGGUUUUCCUUGGCGGCGCUGUUUUGGCAAACAUCAUGGCUGACAAAGAAAACAUGUGGGUUUCGAAACAAGAAUGGCAAGAACAAGGCGCGAGAGCUUUACAGAAGCUUGGUCCAAGAUAG